AUGGACUUGGAAGUUCCGUAUAUGGAAGAAUUGUGUGCUCAAAUGUCGAAGCUCUUUCAGAUCGAUGAGAACAAAGCGGUCAACGAGAUGAUUCGCUUAUCUACUGCUUCGUGGACUGGAUCGAGAUGUGAAGAUUUUUGGAGGCACCUGGAAUUUUCGGAAUAUCCAAAUCUGAUCACCGUCUUCCACAGAAUAUUAUCUAUAAAUGGAACUACGUGCCGUUGCGAAUCCAUGUUUUCUUUAAUGAACAACAUAAAAUCUAAGACCAGAUCGAGCAUUGAUGACGGAAAUUUGAAUGAUGUAAUGCGAUUUGCAGUGACAACUUACACUUCUGACAUCGAGGCACUUGCGCAAAAAAUGCGUUCGUAUACCAGGAUGCACUGGAUUUACUCAUUAAUAACCAAAAUCAUAUAA